GCUCAUAGUGUACCAUAGCGGGGCGAUACAUCACGAAUAAAAAUGUUUGUUCAAAUCCCGUGCUUGGUCCUCUCCGGUUUACAAAAAUACUGAACACCGAUCUUCACUAAUUUGUCGGAAGGUCAUCGGAGUCGAAAGAAAAGCCCAGUAUGAAUUUCAUACCACCUAGGAAAAAAAGAAAUAAAUAAGCUGUCAAAACUGAAGUGUGCCUGGAAAAAGAGAUAGUUCCAUGGAGUGCUCUGUUCAGCCUGUGCCGUGGAAAAGGUAUGGCAGCGGUGGUCUUAAUUGUAUGAAAUAAUCGCUCGGUCCGCGAAGUUGUGUAUCAUGAAGUGGUGGCGACUGAAUCUUUAAAGCAAAACGGUAUUGACAUUAUUGUUCACCUUUGAGUAUCAGUAAUUUGUGAAUGAAUCGGUUGUGUCGAGGUGAACAAUCGAAUCAGCUAUUCUGAAGAAAUGCUUAGCGUUAUGUAGACGUAGAGAAACAACACGACAACUACAGACUGGUGUUCAAUUGUGGGUUGCAGGUGCUAUCUAGAAUUUCUCGACAUGAAUGGAGAAGAAAAAAGGAUAUGAAAUAGUGGAAGUUUUCUUCGUAAUGCAGAUGACGAUGCUAUCCUUUGUCACAGGUGGCUAUGUUCAUCCAGUCAUGGUUCUUUUGUUCUUCCGCAAAUCGAAGUUACUAUUCAUACUUGGAGAAAACGGUAGCAGAUUGUCCAUUCUGCGUAUGCGUAGCGCUAGUCGACCGUCCGUCAUGACGGUCAUAUCUUCCAAGGGAGCCGUGUCGCGAAUCGAGAGAAGGGAAAAAGCAAGAUGGCGGGCUGUGCAGGGCUCAUAAAUCCUAUCCAGCACUUUCGAGACGUAGUGGAGUUAACCGCAGUCCCCAAAACGCGCCCUCAUGAUUCAACCGUGGAGCUGUGAUGUUUUUUAUUGCUCGUUCGUCGUUGGUAUAUUGAAACUCGUGUAUAUGCGGGUGUAUGAAAAGUUGGAUAUUAUCCUUUUUUUCUAACCUGGACUUACUCAGCGCGGUUCAUCUAUUUAGUUAUUAGUCCUUUGCAAGCCAACAUAUUGAAAAUGUCUGAUAAAAUCAAAGUAGCCGUGCGGGUACGCCCGUUCAAUCGACGAGAACUUGAACUCGCAACUGAAAACGUGGUAGAAAUGAAUGGGACACAGACGAUUUUGAAAUAUCCUGCUUCGCUAGAUAAAAUAGAAAGGAAACCUCCGAAAACAUUUGCCUUUGACCACUGCUUCUACUCGACCGAUAUUGACGCGGGCAACUUCGCAUCGCAGGAGCUGGUCUUCAACAACGUUGGCAGAGAUAUACUUGAGAAUGCAUUCCAGGGGUACAAUGCAUGUAUCUUCGCGUACGGGCAGACCGGCUCAGGCAAGUCCUACACUAUGAUGGGGAAUCAGGAGAAUAAGGGAAUCAUCCCGCGGCUGUGCGACGAACUGUUUGCCUUGAUCGCAGCUAAACAGACCGAAGAGCUUUCCUACAAGGUGGAAGUUUCGUACAUGGAGAUCUACAACGAGAAAGUACACGAUCUGCUUGAUCCUAAGACGAGUAAGCAGUCACUGAAAGUACGCGAACACAAUGUACUUGGACCAUAUGUGGACGGAUUGUCGCAGUUGGCCGUUACGUCUUUCCUGGACAUCGAUAACUUGAUGGCGGAGGGAAACAAAUCACGAACGGUCGCGGCGACGAACAUGAACUCAGAGUCAUCCCGUUCACACGCGGUCUUCACCGUGGUGCUAACACAAACGCUCAUCGACACACUGUCCGGGGUGACGGGCGAAAAAGUAUCCCGCGUGUCACUGGUUGAUCUAGCCGGGAGUGAACGUGCCGUUAAAACGGGUGCAGUUGGUGAUCGGUUGAAGGAAGGCUCGAAUAUCAAUAAAAGUUUGACUACACUUGGAUUGGUCAUUUCGAAGCUGGCCGAUAGUACAGGUGGCGGUGGUGGAGGAAGUGGCAAGAAUAAGGAUAAGUUCGUCCCGUAUCGCGACUCAGUUCUGACAUGGUUACUGAAAGACAAUCUUGGUGGCAACUCGAAGACAGUCAUGCUGGCUACGCUGUCUCCGGCGGCAGAUAAUUACGAGGAGACGCUGUCAACACUACGAUAUGCUGAUCGAGCGAAGCGUAUCGUAAAUCAUGCUGUGGUCAACGAGGAUCCCAAUGCACGAAUUAUCCGCGAGUUACGCAAAGAGGUUGAGACAUUACGCGAGAUGCUGAAGCAUGCUACUGGAAGCAACUUUGGUGAUAUGAAGAGGGUUGAUAUCCACGACAAGCUCGCUGAAAGCGAAAAUCUUAUGAAACAGAUUUCGCAGACGUGGGAAGAAAAGCUGGAGAAAACGGAGCAGAUCCAGAGCGAACGUCAGCAGGCGCUGGAGAAGAUGGGCAUCAGCGUGCAAGACAGUGGAAUAAAAGUGGAGAAAAAUAAAUACUAUCUGGUUAAUCUGAACGCUGAUCCGUCACUAAACGAGUUGCUGGUAUACUAUCUGAAGGAGAAAACGUUAAUCGGGGGAAGAAGCAAUGGAUCUCCGGCAGCCACCAGUAAACAACCCGAUAUACAACUACUCGGACUUGGCAUACAACCUGAGCAUUGUCUUAUAACGAUCGAAGAGGGCGAGCUGUAUAUGGAACCCAUUGAGAACGCUCGUUGCUACGUGAAUGGAUCGGUUGUGACGGGUAAAACAGCACUUCAUCACGGGGAUCGCAUUCUUUGGGGUAAUCAUCACUUUUUCCGUGUAAAUUGCCCAAAGUCAGCGACGAACAGUGCGAACUUGGGAACCUCAGAACCACAAACACCUGCGCAGCAUAUGGACUACUAUUACGCUCAGGAAGAGCUGAUGCAGAAUGAGUUCAGUAACAAUCCAAUUCAGGCUGCUAUCGAACGGCUUGAGAAGCAACAUGAGGAGGAUAAACAAGUUGCGUUGGAGAAGCAGCGACAAGAGUACGAGAAACAGUUUCAGCAGCUUCGCAAUAUUCUGUCACCGACUACUCCGUACGCCCCGUAUGCUCCUUAUGAUCCUUUCCGGUUAGGAAAGCUGCCACCGAAUACACCAACAGCACAGCUACGCGUUGAAAAGUGGGCCCAGGAACGAGAUGAAAUGUUCAAGCGAUCACUUGGUCAGUUAAAGACGGAUAUUGUGCGAGCCAAUGCACUGGUACAAGAGGCAAAUGUACUGGCGGAAGAGAUGAAUAAGCAGACAAAGUUCAGUGUAACGCUACAGAUUCCACCGGCGAACCUGAGCCCGAAUCGGAAACGAGGAGCGUUCGUUAGUGAACCGGCUAUCUUGGUACGCCGAAUGAAUUCAGGUAGUCAAAUCUGGAGCAUGGAGAAGUUGGAAAAUAAGCUGAUUGACAUGCGUGAUUGGUACCAGGAGUAUAAAGAACGUACCGUAGCCUCAACGGGCGAAGAAAACAAGGCAAAGUCCGAUCCGUUCUACGAAUCGCAGGAAAAUCACAACCUCAUCGGGGUAGCGAAUAUUUUCCUAGAGGUGCUGUUUCACGAUGUCAAACUGGAUUAUCAUACGCCAAUCAUAAGUCAGCAGGGUGAGGUAGCGGGUCGAUUGCAGGUGGAAAUAAGUCGUGUUGCGGGCCAGUUUCCGCAGGAUCGUAUGUGCGAGUCGGCUUCGGAAAGUUCCGCCGAUUCCCACGAGGACGAAGAUACCACUCCGACCGAUCCACCGCCAAGCAAUCAGAUUUCUUGCCGUAUAAGCAUCAAGCAAGCUUCCGGAUUGCCGUUGUACCUUUCGAACUUUGUAUUCUGCCAGUAUUCCUUCUGGAAUCAUGAGGUGGCGGUGGUGCCAGCUACAAAUCAAGAGGUUGCCGGACACAACCAGAAUAUUACAUUCAAGUUCGAUCACGAAGCAGAUUAUAUUGUCACAAUGAACGAGGAGUUCCUUGAACAUUGUACGGACGGGGCGCUUUCCAUCGAGGUGUGGGGUCACCGAUCCGUUGGGUUUUCGCGCAUGAAGGACUGGGAAGUUGAGCAGCAGCAAGCGAAGGCUCGCUCAUUGGCCGACCGUUGGGCGGAAUUAUCACGAAAAAUCGAACUGUGGGUUGAAAUUCACGAGUUGAAUGACAACGGCGACUGGGCGCCAGUGGAGGUGCAAUGUUCGCGUGACAUGCUUACUGGGGGAGUGUACCAGCUGCGACAAGGGUUUCAACGGCGAGUCAUGGUGCGUGUCAAGCCAGUACAGAACUCCGGCACACUGCCGAUUAUAUGUCAGUCGAUCAUUAACGUAUCGAUGGGUUGCGUGACGGCGCGAUCAAAGCUGCAGAAACCAAUGGACUCUUAUCAGGAGGAAGAUUUGACUGUGUUGCGAGACAAGUGGAGUGAGGCGCUUGGCAGAAGGCGCCAGUACCUCGACCAACAGAUACAGAGGCUUAUCAACAAAGACGACAAGACAGAACAAGAAAAAGAACGUGAGCAGAGCCUGGUCAAUCAGUGGGUGUCACUGACUGAGGAACGUAACGCUGUACUUGUGCCCGCACCUGGUUCAGGUAUUCCUGGUGCGCCCGCAUCCUGGGAUCCGCCAUUGGGAAUGGAACCGCACGUGCCUGUGCUGUUUCUUGAUCUCAACGCGGACGAUCUGACGACGCAGGGUUCCAACGACGAGGUUCCGCUUGCGGGGCUGAACUCCAUCUUGCCAAAAGAACAUGGAAAUAAGUUCUAUAGCCUUCAGAUCAUUCAGCAUCUAGACAAAGACAUUUGCGCUAUCUGCAGCUGGGACUCGUCCAUCCACGAUUGCGCCUCGUUGAAUCGCAUAACGGAGGCAAACGAACGUGUUUAUCUAAUUCUAAAAACCACCGUCCGUCUGUCGCACCCGGCCCCAAUGGAUUUGGUGCUGCGAAAGCGACUAGCGUUAAAUAUCUACAAGCGGCAAAGUUUCACAGAUCGUUUAAAGAAGUUGCGCAUUGGACGAGCGGAGUCAUUGUCAUUACAGUCUGGCGUGACGUACGAGGUCGUGUCGAACAUACCAAAGGCAUCCGAGGAGCUUGAAGAUCGGGAAUCAUUGGCACAGAUUGCAGCCACCGGCGAAGAUUGUUCGGCAAGCGAUGGAGAAACUUACAUCGAAAAAUACACCAAAGGAGUGUCAGCUGUUGAAAGCAUCCUAAUGUUAGACCGUCUGCGGCAGAGCGUAGCUGUGAAAGAACUGGAGCAAGUCCGGGGACCAACGCUAUCCAUGCGAAAGACAGCCAGCGUGCCAAAUUUCUCACAGGUGAGAUUUUUCGAUGCUUCAUUCGAGUCGCUGCUAAGUAUUGGUCGCUCAGAAUCGUAUGCCGAUUUGAAGAUGGGUCUUAACACUGCUCAAAGCACACGAGAUACAGUGACAGGAAGUCGGCAGAAGUUGAAAAAUAGCAGUUUUGGAGAAGAAACGGCAAACUCGAGCUAUGGUUUAGCGUCCCCUGCUGCAAGUAAAUUGGCCCAAAGAAUGACAACGUUGCACGAGGAACCACUCAUCAAGCAAAUCUGCUACGAGGAGGAAGGCGAAGACAGAUUUAGUGAACCGGAGUUCGCUGAAUACAACGACUUCUACGAGCAACCGAUGGGGAAAAAGCCGUCCCUGUCGAUGAUGAAGUCUUCACACACAGUGGAAUCGUUCCUCGACAUCGAUAAACGCCAAGCUACGUCGGGCGACUCGAUGAAUAUGGUCGGGGCAACUGCGGGAUCAAAAUUCAGCAGUAAAUCGAAGAUGGAAUCUUCGUCAAUAGGUGGCAUAUCAUCGGCACCCGUGGCUGGGGGUAAUGGUAACAGUGUUAAUGGGAUAAAGUAUCAAUCCACAACUGCUGGUCACAUGACGCCUAGUAUGAGUUCGUCCACAUCGAGCGGAUACGGAUCGCAAGCUGUCUCUUGCAGCAAUCUUACCAACGACGAUACAUAUUCCAUCCGAUCAUUAAGCGUUGGAGAAACACCGGAAACAAUGUCACCGUCCAAUAAAAUGCAAGAACAAGUCCUCGCGAAAACACCGGAUAAUGGCGCCGCUAUAGGUGCUUCGUCAGCCAUAACCUCUGCCACCGAGAAUAAACCUAUGGUGGCAAGCACUGAUGAAUACAGCAGCUCAUCUGUAACUGCCGUAGAGAUUCCAAAAAGGGUUAAUCCGUUCCUUAAAGACAACAGCUAUGAGGCAUACGAUGACUCCAGUAGAUCGCGGGCAUCCACUCUGGAUGAUGUUCUUUUGGAGGAGAAUGAUUUACAUGAAGACGAUGAAGGGUCGGCAGUCAUCAAGCAGUUCGAUUCCAGCGAAAACGCUGUUUCAUUUACAGCAAUAAAUGAAUCAUCGCAGAUUAUCGAUGAGAGCGAGGAAAGCUAUCAAAGGGUCAAUAACAAACAAGCAGUGAUGGACACCAGCUCCUCUUCAACGUCAAGCAAACAAGAAAUGAUGCCUGAUUGGGUAGUUGUUGGUGAAUCAGUUCUUAUACGACCUUAUAAUACCAGUGGAGUAAUUGCCUUUAUUGGACCUACUCAUUUCCAAGGAGGAACUUGGAUAGGAAUUGCGCUGGAUACUCCUACUGGUAAGAAUGACGGAACUGUGCAAGGCAUCCAAUACUUUGAUUGUCGACCAAAGCAUGGCAUUUUCGUACGAGUGGAUAAGUUGAUACUUGAUAAACGGGGUCGCGCUAUGCGGGAGUUAAAAAAGGCAGAAAAAUUGAAAGCUGAACAAUCCGGCAGUGCAAAGGUUGGCAGAGUGCUCCCCGGCAGCCCGGGAUUGGCGACGAACGCAUCGCGCAAAUGAUACGAGUCCAAUCGUGGCCUCAAUACAGCGCGGUGCUCGCUGAGGUCUUUUACGGGUCGGAAGCGGUUUGUACUGAAGUCUGCUUCGGUUGCUGCAUUUACCCGUGGUUAAUUAAUCGGCAAAGAUGUAUCGUCGAUCAAGACUUGUCAAAAACUCUCGUCAGAGCGAGAGUCCUGACCGAAGCGGUUUGUCAGAGGAUUUAACAAUCUGAAUAUUCAUAUACCUUAAGCCCCGUACCUUUAGAUAGCUAUAUGUGGAGUUUUUUAUGAAGGGACAAACGAGAAAAUGAUGCAAACAUUGACAAAUGCGAAACUAGAACAAACAAUGUUUUUUUAGUUGCAGGGUCUUUAUAUGAAGUCUUAUGGAUUUUGAUUAAUUUUUGCGAUGCGAUGCUUUUUUCUAUACACAAAAUAUAGACGCAAAAAGACGCCACCACAUUGUAGAGGUAGUAGUGCGGCAUACACACAUAUAAUUCAAUCCCCAUAAAUCCUUAGUGUGAUAGUGUUGCGCACGAAAUUGCCCGAAGAACAUUUAUCAACCGCGAUGUGUGAUUAUCGUAGAUCGAUGCACUUGAUUUGAAAAUAUUGAAUGUAUGCCAGCUAUUCAAACGUUAAGCAAAAAAUAGUGUAGAGAAAAAUCCAGGUAGAAUUUUAAAUCUUUAUUUCACCAAUGUGAUAGUUGAAAAAAAACACUUUGGUGCGAUAAUGCAUCACGAUUCCACUUAGCUUUAUUAAACCGAUAGUUGAGUGGUCUCUGCAUCUUAAGG